AUGUCUGUGUCGAUUCCAUUCGUGGAUCGAUUUCUGAAUUUGGAAGCUCGACUGAGUCAGCGCGUAAAAGCUUCAGAUGUGAUCGACCGUCUUCAUUGCGUCUUCACGCCAUUCCUUUUGUCGCUAUCUGUCGUGCUCAUCGGUACAAAAAUGCAUAUGGGCGACCCAAUCAACUGCAUGUUUCAUACGGACAUUGACGGUUAUGGUUCAUGGAAAGAAUACUUCCAACAAUACUGUUUUGUGACCAACACUUACAAGUACAAUUCGAUUGCUUACUAUGGCGGGGACUACUACAUUGAUCACCAAUAUGACACACGAGUCAACUAUUAUCAGUGGAUUCCAUUCUUUUUGGCGGCUCAAAUGGUAGCCUUCUGCCUACCUGCAGUGUUUUCAAACUGCUGCUUCAAAAAGACAACCUUGAAGUUCGAAGACGUCAUCAAGGCGGCCAAGUGUUAUGGAGGAGCCAUUGGCAAUUCAAAAAAAGAAUCCAAGCUAUUGAAGUCCAUCGCUGCUUAUAUGAUCAACAUACAAACCUACGAACGAAGCAGAACUGACGACGUGUUUCAGGCUUGGUGUGGCUCCUUCCUCAUUCGACGUAAAGCAACAAUUGGAUAUCUCCUUCAUAAGGUACUUUGCCUUAUCAACGUUGUCUUUCAAAUGUGGGUGGUCGCCUUCUUUCUAGGUAUCACCAGUUGGAAAAUGGGAUUCAUACAAGCAACCGCUAUCUUUAAUCCCGCUCUACGCAAUAAUACAGGAUUCGGCGUCUUCCCAAGAACUGUGAUGUGCCACACAGAAAAGUCAACGAGUGUUGGACAGGAAUUUGGAGCAAAGCCCAUUGGAUACGAUUUCGAGUGCCUUCUACCGGUCAACUACAUCAACGAAAAGGUCUUCCUUUUCCUCUGGUUUUGGUUUCUCAUGCUUUUUAUUCUCACCGCUUGCAAUGUGUUUUGUUGGUUCUUCGUCUUCUUGUUCCCAGAAUUCGGUAUCAAGGGGCUCUUUGAUAGGUCCAAUAAAAAAUUUGAAGAAGCUGACAAGCAAAGCUACAGGGAAUUCUUCUCCGGAUUGGGCGUAGAUGGUCGUUUGCUCUUUGCAUUCAUUUCAAUCCAUGCGGGAGAUCAAGUCGCCGUCAACAUUGUCGAGGAGAUUUUGAAACAGAUGGCUGCAAAACGACUCGAGAAGAAAGAAAAGGACGAUAAAGAUGAUCCCGAGGCUGGCAAUAUUCCUGACAAGAUCUCACUUCAUGAUGAUACGACCGAAGAUACUCCACUCUUCUUCAAGAAAUCGUUAGCC